AGAGUCAGGCAGUGAAAGGACUGUUAGUGUGCUGCUGUGCACUUCUCAUUGCAAUACGGAGUACGGCUGGCAAAACUUGACRAGUGGGCUACGUUGUCGUAGCUGACUUUUUGUGAAUUUUUCACUGUGKUCGAAUUGACUUGAGUUGGACUGCAUUGCAUUGAACUGAUUGCGUUUGUUUUAUCGCUACCACACGGAAGACAAUGACAAACGGGACGAGCGAUGCUAGUGUCCUGAGCGACGAUGCCUCUUCUGUCUCUUCUACACCCAUCUUAGCUCUCAAGCGAGGAAAGAAAUCUAAGGAGCAAAAGUCCCAGAAAAAGRAAUUCCCGAAAAAGCCAGGAAGGCGGCCAAGAGGGCGACCGAAGGGUUCCAAAGCUUCUUCUCAUCGUCCYACCAAAGCGAAGCCGACAAAAAAAGCAAAAGCUGCGUCCAAACAAUCCAACGAGAACGAACCAACCGAUACAGAGAAGAAAAGUACGGCGGCCCAGAGAAAUGUCGCGUCGCUGACUCGAGUGCAAAAGGAAACCGGCCAGCAGCAGGAGGACCCUAAAGUGAAAAAGGAUGAUGAUGGUUCUACUCAUAGCAGCGAGAGCGAAGAAGACGAGGAACAAGUUGCUUGUUGCCUUUGCCAGUGUGGAGUAGAUUGYAGUGAUCGUGCUCUAUUCUUCUCGAAGGAUAGAAAAUCGGAAUUGGAAGAAGAUGAGGAUUAUUACUUUGGUCUAGAUGACCCAUACAUGGACGGUGAUAAGUUGUACGAUCGAAAUAAUGCAUUGGUUUAUUGCGAUACUUGCAAUCGAUUGUAUCACCARAAAUGCCAUUUUGUACCUAUCCUUGUGGUCCCUCGAGGAGAAUUCCAUUGCUUGAUAUGUACCAUGCAACAGCAAGGAAACAAAAACCWAAAGCGGCCCUCGAAAAAACGGGACCGAAAGGGAUCAAUCAAAUCAAAGCCAAGCCAACCAGCUGGGAUUCCAGARAUCCUGCUGAAGCGCAGCAUAACCGAUCAAAUCUUUCAAGCGCCACCGAACCAAUCCACCCAGGCCUUAGAUAUUUCAUCGUUGGAAAAAAAGUUCGAGCUAGUAUCUGGUGUGACCAAAGCCCGGCUGUGGGAUCGUCAAUUUAAACAACUCAAGACGUUCUUGAAAUCACAGGCUUCGAAUAUCCGGAUGGCAAAAACUACGUUGGAGACGAUGACUUCAACGAAGCGAAAUCGACAACACUUUCUGCAGAAUAGCUCAAAGGCGRGAACAAAAUCAUCUCAAGAACUAGCACAAACUCUCUGUAAAAUUACAGGCGCAAAAUUCAAAAUUCGAGAUGCACUCCUGUCCCUCGAAGCCUUGAGGACAAACACGGAAUCGAUUAAUUUUUCGUGCCUUUACUCSUGGUGCGAGGAAUAUCCCCAGCACGCAAGCCACGUAUUUCCUUUCGGGUCCAAAGUCUGCAAGGACGGAAGACGYAUUGUACCGCGUACAAGAGAACGAAAACAGGAAAAUGUAGACGAGAAAACGUGCAGCAACAAAGCUAACGGGUUAGUUCCCAGCGAAAUUGUUUUAAACGGAUCCUCGGGGAAGCGUCGUGAAAGAUCGAAUAGCAGUGUGUCCGAAAUCGGUAAAAAAUACUCCAAAACCCAGGCCAGUUCGAAGCGAGGAGAGAAAAAUAAACAGAAAGAAAAGCAUGYCAGCCAAAAUGCCGAUGCCGAUGACGACUCCGGGAUUACGUUGGACGACUUGCAAUGCUCCAUUUGCAUGAUUGGCGAUUCAACGGAUUGUAACGACGUUAUUCUUUGUGAUGGCAAAGACUGCCAUCGUGCCUUUCACAUGAAGUGUGUCCAUCCCGCCGUCAAACCGGAAGAGAUCGAAAACGAGGACGAGGACUGGUUUUGCCCUAUUUGCUCUAAUUUGGCCGAACUGAUGGGCGAGAUACACGACCUUUGUGUCUCCAAUGAACACGACGAGGAUGCCUCCUCGAAUUCAUGGGAUGAUGUCCACGAUGUUUUUCCUGGCUCGCAAUGGGAAUUCGAGACCGCAACGAAAUACUUGAAAGGCAAGCGAAACGAGGAUACUCAACGUCUUCUUUCAAUGUUCCUUGGUGACGAGAUUGCCAAAAACAAAGUUCAAAUGCCUAUCGGUAGUGAUUCCGAAGACGAAAACGAUUAUUCUCUSUUUGACGAAGACUCGUUUCAAGAACGAAGACGCCAAGAACGCGACGAAGAAUCAAGUGAUGACGACUCUGUAUGCUCUAGCCAAGCAACGCUUCAGGAAAUGGACGAUAUCGACCUCAAAGUGGGUAAGGCCGAACUCGCGGCGCUGUCCGAGGAAGAACAAUCAGAAAGCGAAGAAAGUGACGAUGAGAGCAAUACCAAUAUCCGAAGAAGCAGAAGACUUGUGAAGCAGGAAGAGGGCGAAGAAUCCAAGAUKCCCGACAACGGAGCAGAUUUCGACGAGGCAAAUAUCAUUUUAGGAAAGCGAAGAAGAACACGAGUCAAUUACAGAAAGUUAAACGACAUGAUGUUUGGUGACCUCACAGAUCACCAGCAAGGUGUAAUUGAUGGGGGUGACGACUUUGAUGCAUCCGAGAUCAAAGCAACGAAGACUAAACCCGAAGACGAAUCACAGAACGACGAAUCAAACAACGACUCGGACAAUGAAUCGGAAAACAACAAUUCAGAUGAUCAAUCAGACAGCAAUGGGUCAGAAAGCGACAACCAAGGCGAUAGUUGUGACAAGUUUGGGGSAUCGUAAUCGAUCGGGUUUUUGUUUCAACUGCAGCUGUCCUAGCUGAUACAAGUUGUAUUUAUUUGACACCGUUACCAAAACAUUUGAGAUCCAAGAUUGGAUUCGGAUCAAKGAUUAACGCGGUUCCUUCCAUACGACGGGAUGGUUUCGAUUCAAUGACCUUUCAAUGGAAUCAGCAAAUAAGCUCAUGGGCUGGCCAAGAACAAACCACAAAUAUAGUGCUAAACAUUUU